UUAGCGGCUUUGAUAAUGUCGCCUAGUACGUGUUUCUUCUUCACGAAGGUAAGGCAAGGUCUUCCAUAGUUCCCUUUCCCAGUAUUUAGAGCUCUGACCCCACAAUUUUCUCAACGACCACUACAAAGCCCGAAAGCUUUUUGUUCGCUUCAUCUUUCCACACAGUUCAGGUUACUUGUAACCAGCGGCCAGAGGCCCUUUCUUCUUUUGUCGAUUUCUUCCCUAAACAUUUUCAGAAAAAAGAGAGAUAAAAGAUGGGGCAACAGCAAUCAAAGGACGAACUUCUGUAUCAGCAAGUGAAUUAUGGUAAUAUCGAAGGUAUCAAAGCUCUUCGCAGCGAUGGCGCUGGCCUUGAGUGGAUGGAUAGUGAGGGAAAGACUCCACUGAUAGUGGCUUGCAUGAAUCCCCAGCUUAUUAAUGUUGCAAAGACAUUGAUCGAGUUGGGUGCGAAUGUGAAUGCUUAUCGUCCAGGUCGCCAUGCUGGUACUCCCUUACAUCAUGCUGCAAAAAGAGGCCUUGAUCAGACUGUCAAGUUACUUCUUUCACAUGGAGCAAAUGCUUUGGUGAUGAAUGAUGACUGUCAAACUCCACUGGAUGUUGCAAGAAUCAAGGGGUUCAGCAAUGUUGUCCGGGCAAUUGAGAGCCACAUCUGUUUAUUCUCUGGUUGGCUAAGGGAGCUUUAUGGGCCAGGAUUUCUUGAUCUGCUUGCACCACAGUUGCUUUCGAGAAAAGUUUGGGUGGUUGUUUUACCAUGUGGUUCCCGAAAUCUCAGGAAGCCCUUCAAGUUGGAGCUUGCUAUGUAUGCAAGUGCACAGGAUGCUCAACCCCGCACAAUUGUUGCACUGUGGAAGGCCAAUUUGGAGGAACCCAAUUUUAGUCAGUCUGAUCCAAUAGUGAUUAUAUCAGAUGUUUCCAACAUCCCAAGGCGCUGGAGGCGAAGGAGAGGUAUCAUGGCCUCCCAACUUCCGGGGCAUGGACCUCGAGGAGCUAGGCAACUACGGGUUAAACUUGGAGCUGUACAAGAAAGUGAAAAACAACAGUUGCAGUUGUUUUGCAAUGCUUGCAAAGGAAUUCCACAGGUCACUCACUCGGCAUUUCCCUUCAAUCCCCAAGUCCCUGUUCUUCCAGCAACGGCCCCUCCUGCCUUAGAGGACAUGGAGUUGGCUAUGGCUCUCAGCGCCUCCAUGCAGCCUGCUACGCAUGAAAGACCGCCUCUCCUAAAUACGCACACAGGAUCUGGAGCAGUUGCCUCCACAAGUCAGACCAACCCCGUGGUACUUACCGCUCAAACGAAUAUCAUGGUGACUUCUACUCCCCAAAAGGGAAACGGUGAUAGCUGUGAAUUCGAAAAAGCUGGUCCAUCCAGCAAUGAGAUUCAGCAUAGCCAGACUUCCGUCAUCCAAACAAUGGUCGAGAGCCCUGUUCCCGCACCCAUCCCCUCAGCUCCUACGAUUACAGAUGAGGAAAUGGACAACGGUCCUAUCCAUUAUCCUUCAAUUGAUGAUAGCCCUGUUGAUCUUUCUUCACAACCCGUCGAGAAUGUAGCUGCUAAACCACAUGAAGACAAAGAUCAAUCCGAUGCUUCUUCGUGUGUUGUAUGCUUGGAUGCUCCAGCAGAGGGCGCUUGCAUCCCAUGUGGCCAUAUGGCUGGGUGCAUGUCUUGUCUGGCUGAGAUUAAGGCAAAGAAGUGGGGUUGCCCCGUCUGUCGUGCCAAGAUCGAUCAAGUGAUAAGGGUAUAUGCUGUUUAACUGUUUCAAGAGGAAGCAAUGGAACAAGUAUAUGUGGAACAGCUACGAUUGUGAGUUAUCUUUGGUCUAAGAAGUAUACUUUCACGGGGUAAAAUUUAUAUUAUUGCAAUGUAAUAUCAUACUAGAACUGCAGCAAAUUGUCAUUCAAUGUGAUUGUGGUAUUGCUUCUAUUUUGAAGGGGAAAAAGAAUGUAAAUAAAUAAGAAAGAGAAAUGAAAGAUUGUAAAUUUUUUGUGUAAAGUCACUAGACUAUCAUUGUUAAAAGUGAUCAUCCAAUUAAGAAAAAGGGUUUGAAAUG